UUAAAGGAAAACUUGAACCUUACGGAUUCCCUGCGAUAAUUCUCCUCCUCUGAUGAUGCCUCACUUUGCUUCUCUUCCACUUGAGAGAUUCUCUUAUAGAAGCUCUCAUAUUCUUCUUUAAGAGAAAAUUACUAACCCUACCUUCUUUCUCCUUCUGUAUAUUAUUUCUUUAGUUUCUUCGUAUAUUUUAAUCUUCUUCUAUAGUGUGUCACUCUUAUAAAAAUGGAUGAUGUUUAAUCAAAUCAAGCAAUGGUGGCUGUGUGGGAUCCACCUGGGGGAGGUUAGGGAAUAUUUGCCGCUCCCCCAGGGACGGUUCUUUGCUCGGUGCGUUGAUUCUUGUUCUUCUCGCUCGGUAGACCCGUGAAGGCUCCAUCCAUCCCUGCUUACAUGAAUUGAGGCAAGGAAACAAGAAAACUGAAGAAGGAAGGAGGUGAGGCUCAUUUAUGAACGGCUUCGGUGGUGCUUCUUUUUGUCUCCUUGGUGUGGGAAAGAAAGGCCCAGAUUCCAGAAAGAUUUAACUGCGCUUCUCUCAAAUUUAAGGUCAUAUGCAAACUACUCUCUGUUAUGUUCUUGAAUUGAGAUUCUGGAACAAGAGUCGGUAUCAAUUUGGAGAGCUUAUAUCAGCAGCUAGUUAAGAUAUUGGUGGGGAAGGUUGUUUCUUCUGUCUUGGAUAAAUUAUUCUGGAUGAGGGAAUAGAAGAAGAGGAGCUUGGAAUGGAAACAACAACAGCUCAGAAGAGUCUUGAGAGGGUGAUCUCUCAGAAAGCCCUCCAGAUAAGCAGCUCUACUCCUUGUAAAUUAUGGGUGCUGGGAUUCUUCUGUGGCGUCUGCAUCACCUAUUUAUUUCUGGUUUCUCUGACACCUUUUAGAACACAACCGUUUGGAUUGGUUUUUUCGAGUUCCUCAGGAGCAGUUUCUCAGAGUUCGAGCAUGAUAUAUUCCGAUGUUGGUACUAGUGCAAAAUACAGUUUUGCACCCAAGUUUUCUCAAAGAAAAUACAUAUCUUUACCAGAAGAAAAGGGAACUCUAGAGAAUUCUCAAGGAGGUGAAACACUGAGCAAUGAAGAGGGGGUCUUGAUGCUGUACUCAGCUUGGAGUGCUCUACUGGAUGGAGAGGAUAAUAUCUUUGUUGGGGGACUGCAGAGAUCAAAUGUGCCUCAAGCUCCACAUUUAGAAAAUUGCAGAUCAAGUGUGGAAGCAAAUAAGCAUUUUGACAACCAUGGUGAAAAUGGAAGUUUUCCCCCUUGGACAUUGUGGAAAGGAUUGUUAGGACUAGACCAAAUGCAUUUGGCACACAGGGCAAAGUUUGAAGGUGCUUAUCCUCCUUGGAUUGUAGGAUCCGAUGAAGACAACUUUCCACUUACUAGGAAAGUACAGAGAGACAUAUGGAUUCACCAGCAUCCGCAAAACUGCAAUGAUCCUAACCUGCGGUUUCUAGUUGCUGAUUGGGAGAGGAUACCAGGAUUUGGUAUGGGGGCCCAACUAGCUGGAAUGGCGGGGCUGCUUGCGAUUGCUGUCAAUGAGAAACGGAUUCUUGUUACAAAUUACUACAAUCGAGCUGAUCAUAGCGGCUGUCAAGGUUCAUUACGGUCCCAUUGGUCUUGCUACUUUUUCCCAGAGACAUCUCUUGAGUGUCAAAAACGUGCCUUUGACCUCCUGAAGAGUCAAGAAGCUUGGAAAAAUGGAAUUGUAACAGUGAAGGAAAACUACACAUCAAAAGAAAUAUGGGCUGGGCGUAUACCAAGAAUAUGGGGUGAUCCAUGGAGUUAUUUGCAACCAACAACUGAUAUAGGUGGAAAUUUACUUACGCAUCAUCGUAAAAUGGACAGGAGGUGGUGGCGAGCACAGGCUAUAAGAUAUUUAAUGAGGUUUCAAAGCGAAUAUACAUGUGGUCUCCUGAACAUGGCUCGGCAUAAAGCAUUUGGCUUGCAAGCAGCUAAAAUGGUUGUUGAGAAUCUGCCUGUGGCUUGGCCAAAGGUGGUCGAUAACAGAUCUCAAGCUGACAUCGAGCGAUUCGUAUGGUCCAACCAUAAACCCUGGAUUCCAAGGCCGCUUCUAAGCAUGCAUGUAAGGAUGGGAGACAAAGCUUGUGAAAUGAAGGUUGUUGGAUUUGAAAAUUACAUGCAACUCGCAGAGCGCAUCCGAGAGCGCUUUCCAAACAUCAAUAGCAUAUGGCUCUCCACAGAAAUGCAGGAAUUCAUUGAUAAAUCGAGAUUGUAUCCCUAUUGGAACUUCUACUACACAAAUGUGACGCGCCAAAUUGGGAAUACGACAAUGGCCGCAUAUGAGGCAAGUCUUGGCAGGGAGAUCAGCACCAACAAUCCCCUGGUCAAUUUUAUGAUGGCAAGUGAAGCAGAUUUCUUCGUUGGUGCCUUGGGAUCAACAUGGUGCUACCUCAUCGAUGGCAUGCGGAACACCGGAGGGAAAGUUAUGGCUGGUUAUCUGAGUGUCAACAAAGAUCGGUUUUGGUAACUCAGGCAAAUUAAGGGAACAAAUGUGGAUAUAUGUAAAAUAUAUGGCAUCUUCCGUUCUCUUUGUAUAUAGCGCUAUUCUUUUUGGUCCACAUGUUGGGGUAUUGUACAUAAAGAAGGGAGGAUGGUGGUUCAUAAAAUCAAUAAAUAUUUUGCGACUUCUCAUGAAUCUA